AUGACUUCCUCGUAUGCAAAUUCUCAUCGUCUCUUUUUACAAGCUUCUAUGUCUGAACGUUUCUUUCCAGAAACGAAAGCUAUAGAAAUGUAUAGAAAAGCAUAUUUGGCUAAUAAUGUACGAAGACCUACCGAAACAUUUCAAGAGUUUAUGGCUUCAAUUAACCAAAAACUUAACUCAAUUGACAUGGAAUUUAGAAAAAGUCACGAUGAAACUGACGGUACACCCGUUUGGGCUUUAGUUAACACUAAUGGGGAUGAAAUUUCGAAAUUAGUUACAGAAUAUACAGCUGUUGAGAUUUCAUAUUUUAAACAUUUGAUUGAACUCAUUGUCACCGCAGAUUAUGAAGAAUUUUCGGUUUCAUCAAUCACGGCACUAAGAGAAGCUUCUAAACUCAAAACGACCAUAACAAAAAGUGCCGCAGAAUCUUUAUUACAAAAAUUUGUUGAAGAUAAAUGGUUGAUUUUAUCAAAGAAUGGAAAAUAUUCUUUGAGUCAAAGAGCAAUACUUGAAUUACAAGUUUAUCUAAAGGAAACAUAUGAAGAUAAUCUUAUUGAAUGUACACUGUGUUACGAUAUUAUUACCAAGGGCCAACGUUGUGAUGUACAACAAUGUAAAUCACGUUUUCAUCAUCAUUGUUCACGAAAUUACUUUGCUUCACAAACUGAAAAAGUUUGCCCAUCUUGUAAAAUUGCUUGGAAAGAAUCUAAUGUGAUCGAAUCCUAA